AUGGCGGCUGCAAAACUGAUAUUAGACACAAUACACCUGAGCUUACCUGCCCUAUCAAUAGAUCAAAAUAUAUAUAUUCUUAGAAAUAUUAGGGACCAUAAUAUCGUUGUUGCCUGUUUACUAGUUGGCACAUAUAGUAAUAUCUUAGCUACAACAGUCGCGAUGCAGCUACUGUUUAGUUUCCACUUCAUCUGCUUUGAUCUGCUGGUCGGCAUUGGCGGUAGAGUACCAAGCAGCAAUGCAGAUAUUUGA